AUGAAACUUGCCGCUGUAACGUUGUUGUACGACCCCUCAUACCUUCCUGGUUCGUUGGUACUAGGGGUGGCACUACGCAAACUAGUAUCUCUGUCUGCGUUGGAAGUCGAAUUGGCAAUCUUAAUUGACGAGCUGAAAUUCACAAAGUAUCAAUUGGACUUAUUGUUAGAGUUGUAUGAUACCUUAAUUCCAGUGCAGACAUUGACUUCGACCUUAGAGGAUAAAUUGGAGAACGAUUUGGGAAGACCGGAAUUGGCCAAAACUUUCACAAAAGUUGCGCUUUGGGGAUUGAGUAGGUACGAUAAGGUGUUGUACUUGGAUUCGGAUACUGUACCAGAAUGGCAUGCUAAGGGCGAUAGUACGGUGCUUGAUUUGUUCAAAUUGAAAUUUCCCCAGAAUAAGAUUUUGGCAGUGCCAGACUCUGGAUUUCCGGAUAUUUUCAAUUCUGGUGUGUUCGUGUUGCAGCCUAAUAUUACAGAUUAUGAGCAGUUAAUUGGGCUCAUCAUAGACUCAGAGCUUACCGGAAAAUCCAUUUCAUUUGAUGGUGCGGACCAGGGGCUAUUGAACCAGUAUUUUAACCCGCAGCCCAACUGGGUGACAGAUUUGUUGAAUGACGAUGAUAAUGUACAGGAAUCGACCAGUACCAAACUGAAGAGCUUUUCAGAGAAAGAUGUUGCCAAUGCGGAAGUGGUUAAAAGCUCAAACUGGAUUAAGCUUCCAUUCUUGUAUAAUGUCACCCCAAGCAGUCAGUAUGAGUACUUACCGGCGUACAAGUAUUUUACUGAAGGUGUAGGAGGAAGUGGCGAGGAUUAUGGAAUAGAUGGGGAACCAUUGACUGGCGGAUUUGCUGGAGCAGGUAAAGAUGAAUUGCUCUCAUCUACCAAUGCUGCGUUAAACUCGUACAACUUUACAGCUAGCAAUUACUUCAAAGGUGGGAAUCAAAUCAAAUUGACUCAUUUUAUUGGCCCUUACAAACCGUGGUUUACCGAGACAAAACAUCCACUUCAUCAGAAGUGGUGGGAUUUAUGGGAAAACUAUUAUGGAAAGACACUGCUGAUCGAUGCAAUUGCAUUCUGGGAGAAAGCUUUAGGGGAUCACUCGAAUAAUACCAGUGAAUUAUAUUAUGCUAAAGGGAAGGAAGCUGGAAAACGGCUCGGAAACGUCCACAAUGUUGAAGAAGGUACGGAAACGGUAGAAGAAAGUCAUGCUGAUAGUGAACCUUAUCAAGAAAUUUCACAACCCUCAGUGUCUGACCCAGACUCAUUAUGUGACCCAACUAGUUACCAAUUGCUCCCAUCCAAUAUAGAGCCCACUGAGGAUAGUUCCUGGGAUGCUACUAAAGAAGAACCCCCCAAAGCAUCUGAUACUCCUAAGGAAGCACCAGUGCAAAUGGAGGAGGAAAUGAGGAGUUUCCAGAAUAUCUGGGAUGGCAAUGCUGAUGAAGAGCACAAGGAAGUUGAAUCGAAGUCAGUUGAAGAGUUGAUUGAAGAAGAAGAAGAAGAAGAACAAGCAGCCGCAGAGCCAGAGCCGGUGACCGCUGAGAUUUACAAACCGACUCCAAGGCCCGAGAUCGUGCCAAUUCCAGCCACUAACGAGAGAGAGUACUUUGAACCUGAAAGAGUAUUUUACGAUGAUCCCGUAGAAUUUCCGACGAUUUUACAGAAGGUUCGGGAUUUAGAAGUAGAGCAGGACGAAGAGGAAAAUGCAUUAGACGAGGAAGAGGAGGAGAAUAUAGCCGAUAUUGAGGAGGAGGAUUGGGAAGAACAAGGGGAAGAGUUGGGUCAUGGACCGGUGCACAACUAUAAUAAGAUAUUCCCUUGGGAGUUUAGAGGCAGAUCUGCACAACCGGAGAGAUCAUUUGACGAUUCAUAUGAUUAA